AUUCCAUAACACGCUGCCGAAAAUGCGAAGCACGUCUUAAUGUUUGCCAGCGUGGUGCUCUAUGAUGUGCACCAAACACUUUUUUUUCGGCUAAGGUAGUCAACCAAAAAAUCAAAUUCGUUUAGUCAACGUUUGAUACUCCAACUCUGCUGAAGGGUUUUUUCGGUGGUGCGCUGCGUCUUUUUCAUCAAAGACUCUGCCGACUUGUCUCUCGAUCCAUGUUUUUGAUUCCAAGUGGUUCAUGGAUUUAAUGGAAUUAGAAAAACAAUGAUCAUCGCAGUGAAAAUAUGCAUAACAAAAAGGAUUUCUUUGGCUAACAUUCAAUACGACAAAUGGAUUAAUUGAAGAAACUUCACAAAUUCCAAUUUACGAAAAUUCCGUUAAAUUUGAAUUUGUUCCGAUUGGACAAUGUAUAACGUGUUAUUCUGUGUGUCUUUGAGUACGAUUCAAUUUCAAGCAAUCCACAAAACUCUAUGGAAAAUUCGUUUGUGUGUGGGGGAUUGAGUACAGUUAUCUAAUGGAUUAAAGUUGAAGAUUUGUUCAUCUAAAUUGAUAAAAGUUUGAACGAAAAUCAAAUUGGAAAAGUUCAAAAGAAUCAACUAAAAUUGUCUGAUGAUGAUGGUGUGAUAAUGAGACAUUGUGUUUGCAAAACAGAAAACAUUGUGAUUUAGGUGUGGUUUCAAUUGCUAACGUGUGCAACAGUUUAGAGUGAGAAUAUUUUAAAAAAUGAAUAACGAUUACAAGAAUACAUUCAACAACAACAACGGCGAAAAGCCGAUGAACCGCUUCUUCGCACUGUCCAAGAGUUCACCAUUCCGACAGCGUCCAACCAAUUUAUUUUCAUCACAAAACUUAAAUCAUAUCAAUAACAACAACAAUCUUGAAAAUGCAACGAAUCAACGUCUUUCAUCGUCGAGUUCGGAAGAGGAUAAUUCACCUACAUCGUAUAACCUGAACAAUUGUCGAAAAUUUAUUGAUAAAGCACCACUUGUGAAGCGCUUAUCAAAUAGUUUGCUUCGAAGUGGAGAUGAAUACCGUCCAUUGUUGAAUGAAAACAAUUUUACAAGUACCAGCAAUUAUCUAUCAGCUUCAACAGCGCAAAUCACAUCGAAAGUCGAUAAUAUAACGGACGAUUCACUAUGCGAUACAAAUGAACUGAUCGCCAGCAAAUUCGGCGAUUCGUGCCGCAAGUCUUUGACAUCAGUGCUGUUGGACAAUCGACGCACAAAGGACUACUGCGAAUUCGAUUUCAAGCAAAACUUUUUGCGUGAAACAAGCAGUGCCAAUUCAAGCCCAAAAAUGUUUGCCUUUUCGACAAAACAGAAACGUAUACGUGGUCUUAGUAUAAUGGAACAAACCGAAUUGAAGGACGCACCAUGGUUUCAAAUUGGCGUUCCGCGUGAAAUUUCCUUGGAGGUGUUGCGACGUAAGCGCCCCGGUGAAUUUUUGGUGCGUGAGAGUAGUACAAAACCGGGAUGUUUCGCAUUAUCAUUACGUGCCCCGCCACCAGCACCGAAAGUUGUUCAUUAUCUCAUUUUAAGGACCCCGAGAGGAUACAAAAUCAAAGGAUGUGCGAAAGAAUUUUCUUCAUUAAAAGCACUGAUAACACACCAUUCUGUGAUGCCGGAACAGCUCCCUCUCUGUCUAUCACUCCCAAGACCGAAGCAUCUAAUGACCGAACGACGAAACCUAGAUGAUUAUGAAAUACUGAGCAACUUUCAAAAUAUGAUGGUUCCAACGCUAGGUGAUAUUUGAACAUCAAAUGCAAUAACAUUUAAACGAAUCUCAUUAUUGGAUGAUCUUCAUACUUUUUUGGCGGUUUGAAAUAAGAAAACCGGUUAUUUUUUCAUAUCAAAAGAAAAAAAGUUAAUUUUCUCUAAUGAUAAUAAUUCUAUUUUACUAACUCGGUUGGCAUGAAAUGCACGCAUGUUUUUUUUCUUCUUCUUCAAAGCAUAUGAAAAAUGAAUUGUGAUGGAUUGUAUUCUAUUCCGAAUUCUUCAAAGAGAUACCUUUUCAGUGUCAGAAGUAAAAAAAAAAAUAUUUUUUAUAUAUUAUAAUAAUAUUUUAUUCAGUAGGUCACAUUUCAAGUUGAUUGUGCACAAGUUGUAUUCUGUAUUUGUAGCACUGAAUGAUGUAUAUGGAAAUAUAAAACAAAAGUUUAGAUCAAAUUAAACGGAAAAAAAA